AUGUCACUGAGAUCCCUCAAAUGGAGCCUCCUGCUGCUGUCCCUCCUGAGCUUCCUCGUGAUGUGGUACCUCAGCCUGCCCCAGUACAAUGUGAUCGAGCGCGUGAACUGGAUGUACUUCUAUGAGUAUGAGCCCAUUUACAGGCAAGACUUUCGCUUCACGCAAGAGCAUCCAAACUGCUCUCAGCAAAACCCAUUUCUUGUCAUCCUGGUGACCUCACACCCCUCCGAUGUGAAAGCCAGGCAGGCCAUUAGAGUUACGUGGGGCGAAAAAAAGUCUUGGUGGGGAUAUGAGGUUCUUACAUUUUUCUUACUAGGCCAACAGGCUGAAAGGGAAGACAAAGUGUUAUCGCUGUCCCUAGAGGACGAGAACCUUCUCUACGGGGACAUAAUACGACAAGAUUUCAUAGACACUUACAAUAACCUGACCUUGAAAACAAUUAUGGCAUUCAGGUGGGUCAAUGAGUUUUGCCCCAAUGCCAAGUACGUCAUGAAAACAGACACGGAUGUCUUCGUCAAUACUGGCAAUUUAGUCAAGUAUCUUGUAAAUUUAAACCAGUCAGAAAAGUUUUUCACCGGUUAUCCUCUCAUUGAUAAUUACUCCUAUAGAGGAUUUUACCAGAAAGCCCAUAUUUCCUAUCAGGAGUAUCCCUUCAAGGUGUUCCCUCCCUACUGCAGUGGGUUUGGUUAUGUGAUGUCCAGAGACUUGGUGCCAAAAAUCUAUGAGAUGAUGAGCCACGUAAAACCCCUCAAGUUUGAAGAUGUUUAUGUGGGGAUCUGUCUGAAUCUAUUGAAAGUGGACAUUCACAUUCCAGAAGACACAAACCUUUUCUUUCUGUAUAGGAUUCACUUGGAUGUCUGUCAGCUCAGACGUGUGAUUGCAGCCCAUGGCUUUUCUUCCAAGGAAAUCAUCACCUUUUGGCAGGUUAUGCUAAGGAACACCACAUGCCAUUAUUAA